AUGGCUGAGGUGCCAACGAAGACGCCUCUGCCUCGGAAAAGCGCGUUCUCGUGCGAGGCUUGUCGUAAGCGCAAGGUCAAAUGUAACGGUGUCAGCCCGUCAUGUUCACGAUGUGCUGCGCGCGGAGAAGUAUGCGUCUAUAGCUUAGCACCAACGUUAUCGUAUACUAAACAGCUGGAGGCUCGAGUAGCUCAGCUGGAAGAUGCCCUUAUAAAACUACGGGGUCAACCGACCCCCUUCGAGGCAGAGGUGCGGAAAGGAAGCUCUCCUGUGUCCACAGGGGAGAGCAGUGCAAGUCCCAGACUACGGACACGGGUAAAGGAGGAAGAUGAAAACACUGGGGAUCUUGCCAGGGAUUUUGAGGGUUUGAACGUUGAACAUGACGGCCGUGUAUCCUUCCAUGGACCGACUAGCUUGUUUCAGCUUCCAAGUGGCGCUCUGAAUGAAGCCUCAAACACCUCUCAGCUUGGCAUGCAACAAGAUGCCCGAAAGGAGAGGCUCAUCAAUAAUGCUUGGCGAGAGAGGGCUUUUGAACAGAUGGCCUCGAUGCCGGAGCCAUUUCAAUAUCUUCUUGAUUCCCACUGGUGUUGGAUCCAGCCACUCUUCAACUUUGUCUAUCGGCCUACGUUUACUCGCGAUAUGAAGGUCAAUGGCCCUUACUAUUCCGAGGCUCUGCUAAAUGCUAUUCUCUCUCAUUCGGUACGGUGGUGUAAGACGGAACCCAAGAUUGGUCCAACCUUGGACUCUUUUGAUGGCGGCGCGCAGUUUUCACAUCGUGCCGUGUAUGGUCUAUACGACUCGCUGAAGGCCGGUCAUGUUGGAAUCCCGACCAUUCAGACGCUACUUCUCCUGAGUGCCCAGGAGUGUGGCCGUGGAAACCGAUCCCAAGCCUGGCUAUAUAGUGGAAUGGCUUUUCGAAUGCUGGAUGAUCUAGGAAUAUCGAUCGACAGCCGUAAGUAUUCCGAUUCUGCCCACCUGAGCGACGAGGACAUCGAGGUCCGGAACAGGCUUUUCUGGAGCUGCUAUUUCUGGGAUAAAGUCGUCUCACUCUACUUUGGUCGAUCUCCCGUAAUGCAGCAGUCGCGCGUCAGCCCUCCGAGGACCAUACUGGACGAUACUGCAGAGAUUGAGAUCUGGGCCCCUCACGGGGUUGUGUUCCCAGACAAUGCCCAUUACCCUCCGACCCAGGCGCAUUCUACGUCCUGUUUUAUGCGCAUGUGUGGCUUGGCAGAGGUUCUUAAUGAAAUUCUGAUUCACAUCUAUGACCCUAUCCGGCAGGUUUCGGAGGCGGAGUUUUAUGGUUGUGUUCAGGAUCAAGCAAGAAAUUUGGUCGAGUGGUGGGAGGAAUUGCCGGACUACCUGAAACUGGUGCCUACCGAGCUUCCUCCUUACUCCCCUCCUAGCCAUAUAGUAAUCUUGAAUUGCUUAUAUCACACAAUUAAUAUCUUACUGCACCGCCCGAUCCUCUGCUCGAAAACAACCCGGGAAUCCUACGACAAAAGCCAUCUGGUUCAAUGCAUUACAUCUGCGACGUCUAUCCUAUCCCUCUUCGACCUCUACCGCCGCACUUUCGGAGAUAGCCAUGUUGUCCUCUCCCUUGCCUACAGUGUUUACACUGCAGCUUCUAUUUUCCUACUUGAAAUCCAAGCCCUGAAAUAUGCCGCUCCGGGGACUCUCGACAAACUCAAGUUUUGCAUCUUCGCCCUGGAACGGGUUAAAGUUUCCAAUCCUGUUAUCACCACAGCUCUAAGUCUUAUCUACCAAGAACUUCAAAAGCUGCAAAUCGACAUCCACAUCUUCAUUCCUCCCACGCAGCAUGACCAUUCUCAACCUCAACAUCGGCUUUCUCACCCGUCAUCGCGUCACAACGACACCCCGUCCUCCCAACAGGGACAGCAACAGCAGCCAAUGAACCUCCAUACUACUUCGCGCCAUGUUUCCCCUCUACAGCUGCAGCCUACAGAUCCUUCCAUCGGACCGUCCAUUCCAACCGCAGGCGUUAGCUCCGCAAAUAUGGUCCCUGGGUAUACUUUCCAACAGUUCACCACAGACUUCGACCUUUCACAAUCCAGCGUUCCACCAAUGGCUGCAACGCAUGUUCUAGGUGGAAUGCCGAAUGCAGUGAUGACUCUUGAUGACCCAGGCGCGUACGAUAUCACGCCCGAAGUUUUUGAAGCGUUCUCGUACGCGGAACCUAUCACGACCAAUAUGACGCCGGCGUUUGGUUCUCGGUUAGGAUAG